CUUAUCCCUUUCGCUUUUUUCUUUCUUCUCUCUGCCCGCCUCCCGUCUCCCAUCGAGCGAUGGCUGCCGCAGCCACAGCUGCAGCCACAACGGACGCCGCUUCUUGUUCCCUUCUUAAACUCUCUCUCCUCCGUUUCCCCAACAGACUCCUCUCGUCCUCCUCUCUCCGCCUCCCUUCUUUCCACCACUUCGCGUCCGUGCCGCUCUCCGUUUCCCACUGUCACCAUCCUCUCUCCCCUCUUACGCCUCUUCCCUCUUUCCCCAGAGCUAAGAAGGCCCUCGCCGUCGAUGGGGCCGAAGAGAACGCCGCUGUCACCACGGUGGUCGACGAGAAACUCGAUGACGGCGCUGACGACGGGGUCCCCAAGGAGGUGAAAGCCCCGGUGCGACGGCGGUGCGAAUUAUACGUGUGCAAUCUUCCCAGGAGUUGCGACAUCCCCCAGCUCUUGGAUCUCUUCAAACCUCAUGGCACCGUUCAUUCCGUCGAGGUUUCAAGGGAUGCUGAGACAGGGAUUAGUCGAGGUUGUGGUUAUGUUACGAUGAAUUCUAUCCAAGAAGCUAAAGCAGCAAUGGUUGCAUUGGAUGGAUCAGACCUUGGUGGGCGAGAAUUGCGUGUCAAAUUUUCAGCUGAUAUGAGCUCUCGGAGGAAAAACAUGGAGGCCUUGAAUACAACACCUAAAAGGAACAUGGUUUUUGAGAGCCCACACAAAGUCUAUGUUGGUAAUCUUGCAUGGUCUGUGAGACCUGAAGAUUUGAGGGAGUAUUUUAGUAAAUUUGGAAACAUCGUAAGUGCUAGAGUGCUAUAUGAUCGCAAACGAGGGAGAAACCGUGUCUAUGGUUUUCUUUCCUUCACUUCUUCUGAUGAACUUAGGGCUGCUUUGGAGACAAGUGGAUCGGUAGUCCUCCUGGUUUUCCUUGGGAUUUUAGUGCUUACAAGUAUUUAAUGGGAGGACAUUGGUGGUCAGGGAAGUUAUAAACAGAGAAGAAAUAUGAUUUUAGUGGUCUGAUGAUUUCAAUUAGAGAUACAAUUUUCAUGCAGAGGAAAGCUGACUGUUGCCACAUUCCCAUGCUUGAUGGUUGCUCGUCACUAAAGACAGGGACUAUGAAUUUUCUUUUCUACUCGGUAAAGAUACUGCUCAAAUGGUGCAAUUGUGGGAUUAUGAGAAACAGAAUUUCAUGGAUGCUGCAGUUCCUAAACUGAACUGGACGAGUUAACAUCUAUUUUUGAACUUGUCAUUUGCUGUAAUCCUUUUUACCCUUUCACUUGUCAGUUUCUGUUAAUUCGUUAAUUUACAAUGUGAUGAUAUUUACCCUAUGCGUUUAACUUGUUUCCAUUAUCAAGUUUCGUUUACCUAUUCCUAAA